UGACGUGACAACACGUGAGGUUGGACUUCCAGCCGAGAUACUUUUUGCCGUUGCUGAGUGAGCAGCCAGCAAGAAGUUUACACUUUCUCUGAGGAAUAAAUAAUACCUUAUUUUUGGGGGGGAUGAAAAGGAAUUGAACAUAUGACUUUUCGUAUGUCAAACGUAUAUGGAGUAAUUGGAAAUGGACCAGAGGCCAGAUUUGGAAGCAGCACUUCUGCAGCUUUAGAGAAGCAAGUUAUCACAACUUGAAGUACUCCUCUCGAAUGAUAGUGACGUGUAUUUGCACAAGCUAACUAGUUAGCUAAAUGUAAAGUAACUAGGUGUUGACAAGCUAUCCAGCCAAUUAGCUAGCUGCUAUGGAUAUCUUUCCAAGACCUAGUGGAGAAAUUCAAAGAAAAAACCCACAGCAGGAUUUCGAGCUUAUUCAACGAGUUGGGAGCGGCACAUAUGGAGACGUAUACAAGGCUCGAAAUAUCCAAACGGGAGAGCUUGCUGCUGUCAAGAUUAUUAAACUGGAGCCAGGGGAUGACUUCUCCAUCAUCCAGCAGGAGAUCUUCAUGGUGAAGGAAUGCAUGCACCACAACAUAGUGGCCUACUUCGGGAGCUACCUCUGCCGUGACAAGCUGUGGAUCUGUAUGGAGUACUGUGGAGGAGGAUCUCUACAGGACAUAUAUCACGUGACGGGGCCUCUGUCAGAGCCUCAGAUAGCCUACGUCUGCAGAGAGACCAUACAGGGUUUGGGAUACCUACACAGCAAGGGGAAGAUGCACCGUGACAUCAAGGGUGCUAAUAUCCUCUUAACAGACAACGGGGAUGUGAAACUGGCUGAUUUUGGAGUAGCAGCCAAAAUAACAGCCACCAUUGCCAAGAGGAAGUCCUUCAUCGGGACUCCUUACUGGAUGGCACCAGAGGUAGCAGCGGUAGAGAAGAACGGAGGUUACAACCAGCUGUGUGACAUCUGGGCCGUGGGCAUCACCUCCAUAGAACUGGCCGAGCUGCAGCCUCCUAUGUUUGACCUGCACCCAAUGAGGGCCUUGUUUCUCAUGUCAAAGAGCAGCUUUCAACCUCCCAAGCUGAAAGAUAAAGUUAAAUGGUCCACAGCCUUCCAUAACUUUGUGAAAGUCUCUCUGACCAAGAACCCAAAGAAGAGACCGACAGCAGAGAAGCUCCUAUCGCAUUUGUUUAUAGAUCAGACAGGGCUGACCAGGAGGGUGGCUGUGGAGCUGCUGGACAAGAUGAACAACCCUGACAACCACCAACACUUCUCUGAGGCGGACGACGAUGACCUGGAGUCUCUUUCAGUAGUGAGACACACCAUCCGUUCCAUCAACAAACACCCCAGACCAGAGAGAACUCACUCAGAGAUCAGCUUUGAUAAGGUGAAGUUUGAACCUCCGCUGAGGAAGGAAACGGAGGCUCACACUGAAAUGGAUGUGACUAAACAGAGUGACUUCCCCUCCCCCUGGAGCCCAUUCGCAGAGGGAGGCAUCACGACCAGGAGCCUUCUGAAAAGCGUUGAGGACGAGUUGUUCCAACGGGGACAUAUGGCCCAUCUGGAGGACGCCUUUGAAGACGUGGAGCUGUCAACCCUCAAGCAUGGAAUCCCACCACCUCUACCUCCAAAGCCUCAUCUGAACAGUUUGUCAGAUGAGCUAGGUCUGAGUGAUGAGAGGUGUCUGACAGUGAGGAGGUUUCCGGGCUCAGAGAGCAGCCCAGGCCUGGUCCCCCGGAGACUGAGCACCCCAGAGCAGGGCAACAAGGUGGAGCACCCCUCUCCUGACUACCUGUCAGCCAGCGUUAGUAGUCCUGGUAUACUGUCCACAGCCUCGGACCCUGCUAUCAGUUAUUCAAACAACGUAUUCGUCAGUAAUUCAAACAUAUCCAAAGAACAUGAAGACUGUGAUGGAGAUGUGAACGGGGACAGUCCCAAGACUCCUCCCAGCCGACCACAGAGGAAGGAGAAGAAAGACUACCCUAAACCAGCUAUCAACGGCCUGCCACCCACUCCUAAAGUCCUGAUGGGGGCCUGUUUCUCCAAAGUGUUUGAUGGCUGUCCACUGAAAAUCAACUGUGCCACGUCGUGGAUUCACCCGGAUACCAAAGACCAGUACCUUAUAUUUGGGACAGAGGAUGGUAUUUACACCCUCAACCUGAAUGAGCUUCAUGAAGCCACCAUGGAACAGCUGUUCCCCAGGAAGUGUACCUGGCUCUACAUCAUCAACAACAACCUGAUGUCUCUGUCAGGAAAGACCUUCCAGCUGUACUCUCACAACCUGAUUGGGCUGUUUGAGCAGCUGAAGAAGCCUGGCCUCGCCUCUCAGUUCCAGACACACCGCUUCCCAGACAAGAUCUUACCUAGGAGGUUUGCCUUGACAACCAAGAUCCCGGACACAAAGGGCUGUCACAAGUGCUGCAUUGUGAGGAACCCCUAUACGGGCCAUAAGUACCUGUGUGGAGCGCUGCAGUCUGGGAUAGUCCUGCUACAGUGGUACGAGCCUAUGCAGAGGUUCAUGCUCAUCAAGCACUUUGACUUUCCUCUGCCCAGCCCUCUGAAGGUGUUUGAGAUGUUGGUGGUUCCAGAGCAGGAGUACCCCAUGGUGUGUAUAGCGGUCAGCCAGGCCACGGAGCCAGGCCAGGUGGUUCGCUUUGAGACCAUCAACCUCAACUCCUGCUCUUCCUGGUUCACUGAGAUGGGAACAACUGGUCAAGCAGUGGACGCCAUCCAUGUGACCCAGCUGGAGAGGGACACAGUGCUAGUGUGCCUGGACAAAAAUCUAAAGAUCGUGAACCUCAUGGGAAGAUUAAAGUCUAAUAAGAAGCUAGCCUCAGAGCUCAGCUUUGACUUCGCCAUUGGAUCCGUUGUGUGCCUUCAGGACAGUGUUCUGGCCUUCUGGAAGCACGGCAUGCAGGGAAAGAGCUUCAAGUCCAACGAGAUCACCCAGGAGAUUUCUGAUCCCAGCCGAGUCUUCCGUCUCCUCGGAUCUGACAGGGUGGUGGUUCUGGAAAGCCGGCCCACUGACAACCCCACAGCCCUCAGCAACCUCUACAUCCUGGCCGGACAUGAGAACAGCUACUAGCC